AUGGAACAGAGGCUGGUAGAGCAACUUCAAGACAUGACAACUCUGGCUUGUGCAAAAGCCCGACGAUCAGGAGGGCGCUGUUGUCAAGACAGUCUGAAACAGGUCGACUUAGGCAUAGAAACCCUUUCAACCACCUUGGCCAUUUGCAGUCCCGGCUGGGUCCGUUUCCGUCCGCCUCAAACCCGCUGUCUUGGCAGUUUUGACAACUGGCUAUUAAUCAUACCUGGGUACGGGUAUGCGCGCUACGACCGUAUCAUUUCAGCCAAACCUCAUCCUGUCUCCACCCCCGGCUCGUCGACCCAACAACUCCAACCCCAACCCCAACCCCAGCGCCGACACGACCCCACACCCUGUCUACACACACUGCAAUUCAUAUAUAAGACAGCAUGGAUGUGUGUGUAUAUAUAUAUAUAUAUAUGUGUGUGUGUGUGUAUGUGUAAAUGUGACAGGAAGAACGCUUGUGAGGCUGUGGAGACGUGGGCAGGCGUGCCAGAGUUGAUGAAUCGUGCACAAUUGCCCCGUCGGAGGCCGUGGUCCGAGAACGACCAACCGACCGACCGACCAACCGACCCUUCAAGUCACCGAGGCACAGACGUGCACACUCUGGGCAUGACUUUUCUGGGGGUCAAUGACCCAUGCAAAGUUACAGGCGCACAAGGGCGACGGUGGACGCCGGUCGAAGGGCCGCGGAAGGAGGGUAGACUUGUCUCCUACCCGUCGUCUACGCCGACAAACACGCCGUUGCUCUGCUUCCAGACCAGUCGGGCAGUCUUCCCGCCAAUCGGCCAAACUCGGCUGCCCCUUGUCGGGGAUGCAGUUGAGGCUGACUAUGCAAAUACGAGCUCAGUCCACUCGUCACAGACCAUAUGGACUGCGAACCUUGUCUUGACUACGCCAAGUGGUUCGUUCCAUUUCGCAGCAUCGCGGCACACGGACACAGCAACAGGGAGGCCGAGAAACAGACAUCUGAUGUCUACUGCAAAGCAAAAGUCGGGCUACAUCGCCACUUCGCUAAUUCGAAAGUGUGAAGACUAA